AUGCGUCGCGCGUUCGCCGGUGACUCUUCAGCGCGGCGCGCGUGUUCCAUCGCCGCGCUCGACGUCACGCGCGCCAACGGCCGUUCCGCGGUGACGCGAUGCUACGCGGAGUACCCGGUAAAGUAUCUCACGCCCAAGCGCGGGAUCGAUGGCGAUUGCGAUUGCGCGUGGGCGUACGCGGUGAACAUGGGCGGCGGUUUGGUGAGCGGCGACGCGAGCGGGACGACGAUUCGCGUGGACGACGGAUGCGCUUUGGCGUUGGCGACGCAAGGCACGCAAAAGGUGUAUAAACAUAAUAAACGACGAUGGAAUGACGAUGCGAAGGCGGGCGAGGGUGAUGGACGAUCGAAUGUGGGGGAGACCACGUCGGCGCUGUACGCGAGCGUCGGCGACGGCGGGUUGUUGGCGUUGCUACCAGAUCCUACGCAAAUAUUCGCCGAUGCCGUGUUUCGACAGACGCAAACGAUCGAUAUGCACGAACAUGGGUCGUGCGUGUGCGUGGAUUGGAUAACGGCGGGAAGGGUCGGGUACGGAAACGAGCGAUGGGCGUUCAAGAGGGCGGACGUGCGCACGCGCGUGACGUCAAACGGCGAACCCGUCGUCGUCGAAGCCACGCGUCUAGAGGCGUCUUCGCGCGAUUCACUGAACGCCGAAAUCUCGCUCGCGAUGAGAAUGGGUGCGGUGAACGUGGUCGCGUCGCUCAUCAUCGUCGGUCCCCGCGUGCGGGAACUCGCGAAAUCGUGCGGCGAUUGGGCCCGCGAUUCGGCGACGCGCAGUAUGGCUCACGGCGGCGCUUCCUGGGUGCGCGCUUCCCCUGGCAGCGUCACACAAACCGACCCACAAUCAAAAUUUUUCGUUUCUGCGAGCGAUUUACCCCUCCCACACUCCGGCAUCGUCCUCCGUUUCUUCGCCGCGGAUUCCGAAUCCGUGCAAGACGUCCUCCGCUCGCUUCUCGCCCCGCUCGCGUCUCAGCUCGGCGCUCCUCCCUACGACGAGCGCGGCGGUUCCUGA